ACACAUUUUUCGGGCUGCGUGCGUCUGGAUCCACCACAGCACUGGCUCCUUGUCGAAAUAUUUGGUUCAUGCAUUAGGCUACCAAACGAUAAGACCUAGUUGUCCACAUGCAGCGGUGUCCGACUGUGCGUUUUUAUGAGUAAACUGGGGAGAGUGAUUUAUCUGGACUCACUGGGCUUUCGCUGCAGAGUGCACUCAACUCCCUCUCGGUCCUUGCAAAGAAACUAGAUACUAGCCCGUGGAACACUCCACCCCUCGCUGCUAGCUUGGCGCUUUCUCACUGAGUUUACAUGAUAUUCCUUUAAUUCCCGGUCUGCGGGUUAUGUUUCUCUUUUGGUAACAGAUGGAGAUAACUUUUCAUAUAUGUAAGUGGUCGUGAGACCACCGCCAAAUCAAACGUAUCUUUUAAUGACGCUCAACAUUUUAUUUUUGUUUGAUUUCGGUUAAGAAGUGAAACAUGCGACUGAGUCAAGGACUUUUUGUGUUACAUUUUGCUUUCUUUUUGGCACCGGUCCACGUCGUGUGCUCCAUUUCGGAUAACCUGCACUUUCCAGACUCAGAACAAGAGCAUUUCAUCAAAUCUCAAUCAGACUCGUCUGUGGUCCAUCCUGAAAAGGUCGACAAGGAUGGACAGUUCCUAUCUCACUCUUUAUCACAUCACUUCUCUGGUGGCCGUCAGAAGAGGGACCUUGGCGAGUCACCACGCGACCGGCUGUACUAUAAACUUCAUCACAAGGGCCGGGAUUUACUUUUUAACUUGACCGCCAACACGCACCUGCUUGCGCACGGCUACACGUUGGAGAGGCGGCACGGCGACUUGAACAGCACGACGUCUGGCUCUAAAGACAACGCCUGCCACCUCCUCGGCACAGUGACCUACUCAGGACAUGUGGGGAAGGCUGCCAUCAGCACCUGCGAAGGACUGCGAGGCUUCUUCUCCCUGCCCGAAGGCAUCUUCUUGAUCGAGCCAGUCAAGGGGCACCCUGUGAGCCUACAGGACCCGGAGGAAGCGCACGUGGUUUACCGCAGCGAGUUGUCAUGGUUACCCGGCCACCGACGACAACGGAGGAGCAUCGAGUUAGCCGAGCCACCACCACCGCAGGGGAAGGGCGCCUGCGGUGUUAAAGAUGGUCCAGACUACUCUCUGCAGGUGGAGCAGGAGAGAGAUGCUUGGGAGAGAGAGGAGCGGGGAAAGUCCUCCUCCUCCUCCUCAUCGCCCCGUGGCAUCUCUCGUCGCUCCGUCAGCAAGGAGAGGUGGGUGGAGACACUGGUGGUGGCCGACUCCAAACUCAUGGACUACCACGGCAGUGGCAACGUAGAGUCCUACAUCUUCACCAUCAUGAACAUGGUGGCGGGGAUAUUUCAUGAUGCCAGCAUUGGGAACGCCAUACACAUCAUCCUGGUGCGACUCAUCCUUCUGCAUGGGGAAGAGAAAGAGUUGAAGAUUGUCCACCAUGCGGACACGACCCUCAACAGCUUCUGUGCAUGGCAGAAGAACGUCAACCCACAGAGUGACACUCACCCUGCACACCACGACGUGGCAGUUCUAGUCACAAGAAAGGACAUCUGUGCGGGCGCCAACCAGCCGUGUGAGACUCUUGGUCUGUCCCACCUGUCGGGCAUGUGCCAGCCCCAUCGCAGCUGUAACAUCAACGAGGACUCAGGCCUACCAGUCUCAUUCACCAUUGCACACGAGAUAGGACACAGCUUCGGUAUCCAGCAUGAUGGCCAAGGUAACGACUGUGAGUUGUCUGGAAGACACCCCUUCAUCAUGUCCAGACAGCUGAUGUACGACAGCUCCCCUCUGACCUGGUCCCCCUGCAGCAAAGACUACAUCACACGCUUCUUAGAUCGUGGCUGGGGCUUUUGCCUGGAUGACCGGCCGUCUAAAAAGGACCUGACCACCCCGCUGGCCACCCCGGGCGUCAAGUACACCACACACCACCAGUGCCAGCUGCAGUACGGCUCCAACGCCACCUUCUGCCAUGAAGUGGAUAAUGUGUGUCAGAUCCUCUGGUGCUCAGUCAAUGGGUCAUGUCGGUCCAAACUGGACUCGCCAAUAGAUGGCACCAGAUGUGGACCAGAUAAGUGGUGUAUCUCAGGUGAGUGUGUGGUGGUGGGGAAGCUUCCGGAGACGGUGAAUGGGGGCUGGGGUCCCUGGACCACCUGGUCUCACUGCACACGCACCUGUGGAGCCGGGGUACAGGCAGCCGAGAGGGAGUGCAACCAGCCCAAGCCUGAGUUCGGGGGGAAGUACUGCACGGGUGAGCGUAAGCGCUACAGGAUCUGCAACAUAAAGCCGUGCCCCAAGAAGACGCCGAGCUUCCGCGAGAUGCAGUGCAGCGAGUUCAACACCGUGCCGUAUCAGAACGAGCUCUACGAGUGGCUGCCCGUCACCAGCCUGAGUAGCCCCUGUGAGCUGCACUGUCGACCGGUGGACGAGGACUUUGCAGAGAAGAUGCUGGACGCUGUGAGUGACGGAACUCCGUGCUUCAACAACCGUAGCAGGAGCAUAUGCAUCAAUGGUGUGUGCAAGGCUGUGGGAUGUGACUACGGUAUCAACUCCAAUGCGGAGGAGGAUCGCUGUGGGGUGUGUCUGGGGGAUGGCUCCACCUGCCAGACGGUGCACGAGACCUUUGAUCACCCAGACGGCUACGGUUACGUGGACAUGGUGCUGAUUCCUGAGGGUGCCAGGGACAUCUUCAUCCGGGAGACGGAGGACGUGGGGAAUUUCCUGGCCAUCCGGAAACCCAACUCGGAGGACUACUUCCUGAACGGGAAUUACGUCAUCCAGUGGAACGGCGAAUACAUGGCGGGCGGAGCCAAGUUCUUCUACGACCGCAUGGGGAACCUGGAGAACCUGACGUCCUCCGGACCCACCACCGAGCCAAUCAUGAUCCAGCUGCUCUACCAAGAGAGGAAUCCUGGCAUCAGCUACGAAUACACUAUAAAGCAGCCACGAGUGUCCAGCGAGAAUGAAGUCCUGGAGCCGGAGUACAGCUGGAGGCCUGGAGCCUGGACUCACUGCAGUACCACUUGUGGAGUAGGUGAGCAGGUGCAGCCGGUGCGCUGCUUCGAGCUGGACAGUGGAGUGGUAGACGAGGCCCUCUGUGACCCCGACAACCGGCCUGAGGACAGACACCGCAAGUGCAAAAUCAUGGACUGCCCUGCCAGGUGGUGGGUGGGGGGUUGGCAGCCGUGCACGGCCACGUGUGGAGCCACAGGUGUCAAGAAGCGCACCGUGCUGUGCGUGCGCACAGUGUUUGGGGAGGAGAGGGUGCUGCACCAUGCGGACUGCAGGCACCUGCUGAAGCCCAAGCCUGUGGUGCCGUGCAACAGGGACAUGCCCUGCAACUCCGACUGGGCCGUGGGCAACUGGAACGAGUGUCCGGUCACCUGUGGUGGCAGCGUGCGCUCGCGGGAGGUCACCUGCAUCGCGGAGAACAAGGAGCGCUGUGACUUGUCCACCAAGCCGCGCUCCAAGUCCCUCUGCGCCCUCAUCAGCUGCCCUGACGGCCACCGCCGCUCCAGGCCCAUGUACCGUCGCAUCCCACCCAAAGGUGGCCCGGGACCGCGCCAAAACAUCAGCACCACGCCGGCACCAAAGAAAUCGCCCACCACCAUCAUCACCACCACUGCAGACCCCACAACAGUAGCCAGCAGCACAUCACAGCACCCUACCACCACACACGUGGACAUCUUGCACGCAGAUGACUAUGAUGACUUGAUAGUAGUGGGGGGGAAAGUCAGCGUGUCUCCAGACGUCCCGACUGCUGGCAGGAAGACCAAAGGAUCUGGAAGAGGCAGAAAGACGAAGGAGACAGAGGAGGAAGGAAGUGCUCUCGAUCCCCAGCCAGAGACGACUACUCCAGGAUCCAAAUACACCCCGGGGUACGACUACAUCGUGGACGAUUCCGAUUCCAGAGACGACACGGUCACGGAGGAUGAGGACGAUGAUGUGGAGCUUACCACGACAUCCACCACGACGACGCUGGCCCCUACCAGGACAACCACUGAGCCGCGCACAGUCAGGGCAGCGUUCACGACCAGAGUACCCGUGCGCACCACCACUCCUCGCAGGGUCUACUGGACGCCACGCAGCACCACCAAAUCCACUACCACGACCACGACCACGGGCAGAACCAAAACCACCACCCCGUACGUCAAGCUGGUUCGCAAGUGGACGCCUAAGCCGAGAGCUGUGCCACCGACACUGCUGCGUAAAACCACUCCCAGACCACCGCAGCCAAAGGCAGCGACCAUGCCACCAGCCAGAACUACCCCUGCCCCGCACACUGUGAAGGUGCUGCGGUACCAGAAGAGCACGGUGGCCCCUCAGAAGACCCUCAAGAGUAAGAGCUCCCCGUCCAGCAAGCAGAAACUCAGACCUGCCGGUCCCAUAAUGACCACCACCAGUUCCUAUGGCAACCUCAACGCCAGGGUGGCCGUCAAGAUGGACGCACUGUGGGAGGUGGGCAACUGGAGCGAGUGCUCCACCACGUGUGGUCUGGGGGCAGAGUGGAGGCCGGUGGUGUGCAGCUCUGCUCAGGAGACUGACUGUGCGGGCAUCAAGAAGCCGGAGCCAGCACGCAGGUGUAACCUCCGGCCCUGCACAGGCUGGAAGACGGGCAACUGGAGCAAGUGCCCAGUGGGCUGUAGUGAGGCCCAGAGGCAUAGGGAUGUGCAGUGCAUGGACACGCAGAGCAAGCGUCCCCUCAGGCCCUUCCUCUGCCAGGCCCUGCUCCACAAGCCGCCCAGCAGCCUGCCAUGCAGCCCCAUACAGCCCUGCCUGCAGUGGAAGAGCUCCCUCUGGGGGAAGUGUUCGAAGUCGUGUGGCGGGGGUGUGCGGGAGCGCCUGGUGUACUGUUCGGAGUACCACCGCUGUGACGAGAGCCAGAGGCCCAUCUUUACAGAGCCCUGCAACCAGCAGCCCUGCACACAUUGGACCACCGAUGACUGGGCAGAGUGUUCACGGAGCUGUGGCGGUGGUGUGCGUAGCCGCAGUAUCCGCUGUGUGAAUGACGAGAAUGGCGAGGAGGAGAAGAACAGUCUGUGUGGGGCCGUCAGUCGGCCCAGCACCGCACAGGAGUGCAAUCCUCAGGAAUGCCAACUCAAGACGGGUCCUCCGUGCAGGAAGAACAGCAUGUCGAGUCGUUUCUGUGCAAAGUUGAAGCUGCUGGGCCGCUGUGGCCUGCGCUCGGUACAGAAGCAGUGCUGCCUCACCUGCGCGGCGUGACGUGACACCUCACCUGCAGGCCGCUCCACCGCCCUGGUCCAGUCACAUGGCGUGACAGUACAGACUCGCCACUCACUGCGUGUGUCACUCGACACGUCACGCGACACCUGUGGGGCCAUGGCCCUUUGCUCUCUACCGCCCGCCCGCCAUGACAACCAUUACCUUGGAUACCACCCCCAACAAACCUUACCCGCCUCCUGUCCAGAGUUGACCGAUCUGGACUGCUCCGGAAUGGACUGGAGCAACUGGACAUACACACACGC